CAGUUUUGAGCGUGUAGACUAAAUUUUUUUGUUGGCGCGCAACCGAUGUUUUUCAAGAUAAAAACCUUAAAAACACGAUUUUACGUUUAUACAGUACAAUUUCGUUUGUUAAGUGAUAAAUAAACACCCCGUCAACGCGACAAUGACGGAUUUCGAUAAUUUGUUCGGGGGAAAUGAAAACGACGGUGAGAUUCUUUCUGAAGACGAACCUGUUGAGGAAGAAGGAGAAAACGAAAAUCUAGAUGCCAACAAUGAUGGAAACGCCGCGCCAAUCAAAGUUCAACAGAAAAAAACGGUCAGAAAUCCCCGGAACACGUUGAAUGUUCAGCGAUUGUGUGGUCCCCGUGGGGUGGCCGAUUUAGAAAACUACUACAAAGGCUUCAAAUUUCGUGGGAAGGGAUAUGAGAAAGAAGAUCUGGAUGCGGUGCUCCAGAGGAUGCAACACUGGGCUCACAGGCUGUAUCCAAAGUACGGUCUAGACGACAGUUUGGAGCAAUUUGAGAGACUAGGCCGGAAAAAGCAAUUGCAGUCAUACAUGAAUAAAUAUCGAAUGGAUAUGCUGGAACCUCAACUGAUGGAGGAUGACCAAGAGGAUGAUGGGCUCGUAUAUGAAUCUAAUGCAUUCAAUCAACCGUUAGAUCCACUGGACAGCAUGCUCGAGGAACAAAUUGCGAUUUCACGUGCUGGGGCGAGUUUCAACACCUCUGGCAUUGGAAAUUUGACCCAAUCGGAACGCAAUUUUGAUGUUUUACGCGAUGAAUCAAUUGACUGUUCACCUGCUCCUAGUCGUUCGAAUGAAGAAUCGUCGAAGAGUUUGUCCGACGAAGUACGCGCUAAAAUCGCUGCAAACCGAUUGAAAGCUUUAGAAAUCAGGAAACAGAAGAUGGAAUCGAUGGCAUCGGCAGGUCAAUCCGAAAAACAUCCGUCUUCAGCGGAAAACUUGACGGAAUUAUAAAAGGUAUAACUAGUUUUAGAAGCUAGUAAUAAUAAUGUUAGUACAUUAGUUUCAAAUACAUCAUCCAACGAUGUUAUAACAAAACAAUGUUUUGGAUUCGCAAUUUGUUAGUUUUCUUCAUUUUUACUACUUCUGAUUUAAAUUUAAGGAUUUACCUAUGUAUGUUAUUUUUGUCAUACCGGAAAGGAUUUCUCAACUCAAAAUUAAAAUUUGACCGAAUUAAAUGAUAUU